AUGUUUGAAGAAAUGGACGAUGCAUCACGUCGUGAAAAGUGUUACACCACCAUAGCUCAACUGCCAUCGUUUAUCGACCCAAAACAGAUCCCGACUAAAAAAUCGCCAUUUUCGGCGAUCCAGAAUCAUGCGUUUGUGCAUUCUGUUGAGGUUAUCUUGCCAAAGGAGGUCUGUUCACAGAUCACGUCUUCGCUCGAGGGCAAGCCAGAGAAUCCUCGCUAUGCUCGAGUCUUCAUGAGACCCUCUGCUCUGCUUGAACAUGAAUUUUUCAAUAAAUACAUUAAGUCAGGAAAUAUCUUGAUGAUAUCCGAAGGACGUUCGGGAUCUGAUAAUGUCUUCACACUCCGAGAUGGAAUUCUUCGAAUGGAGUUAGGAAAGGAGAUCUAUGAGCGGACAGGUCUCACAGGCAAACCUAUCCGUAGCGGGGGCAGGAAACACGCAAAAGAAAGAUUCCUGGUGGAGCUAAACUUACGGCUACCCUCAAUGCUACAUGGAAAGAAAGGGUUCGAAAGAAUCGUCUGGGCAUUUGACAAUGUUUUGACUCAAUCAGUGGCGUGGCUCUUCCUCGACUUGGAAAGCAGCUCCGGCUGGGAUGAAGGAGACAAACCAAUUAAAAAAGCCCAACCGCAGUUGAAAACCUGCGAACCACAGGAGAUUGAUCACGAGCAAGUAAUCACGCCGCCGUUUUAUGAAGACGGGAAAUUGCCCGAGGGAAUGUCGGAAGGGGACCUGCAGGAAUAUUCUGGCUCUCUAUCCGAAUGGAUUGCCAUGGUUCAGAUGGGUUCUCCCCGAGUUUCUGGGAAUGACGAUGUCGACCCGUACCUGAGCCGGUAUGCUGUACCAGAUGCAGAUGAAACCCGGCCCUCGGAUUUGAAGAGUUUGAAAUGGCAUGGUUUCAUAUCGUCCCGCUGGGUCAUGCAGCUGUUUCUCAACCUGCUGCAAAGCACUAAGGCCAGUAAUUCCUGGUUUGCGCUUGCUGUCUCUACCCUGGGGAAAGAAGCCGUCGAAGGAAGGGACGGUUUCACAGUGAUGGUUCUUCCUAGUGCACAGCCCACUGUACAGUCCCAGGGAAAUAGCGAAGCAAGAGACCGAGAUACUCGCUCUGGUAGUCGGGUGACUCUAUGUUGGGAGUUGAUGGGAGCGUCAGUGACCGAACCCUGA